AUGGAAUCUUAUCGCAAACUAUUACUGGCGUUGAGCUUCGGGGUUUUUGCCAUUAUACAUCUUGUUCAAGCUCAGCCUGAUCAACAAGGUGGAUUCAUCAGUCUAGACUGUGGUUUACCCCUUGAUGAAUCUCCAUAUACCGACCCGGUAACCGGAUUAACAUACUCAUCUGACAUCAAUUUCAUCCAAAAUGGUAAACGUGGUGAAGCGGAUGCGACUUAUAUCUACAAGCAGUACAGGGAUCUCAGAUAUUUUCCGGACGGAAUACGAAACUGUUAUAAUCUGACAGUAAACAAGGGAAUUAACUAUCUUAUAAGAGCCGGGUUCUCCUAUGGAAAUUAUGAUGGCCUUAAUGUAUAUCCCGUAUUUGACUUACAUGUUGGGCCUAACAAGUGGAUUACGGUGGAUUUGGAAUUCGAAAAUGAUCGUGAGGUCAUUUACAUGUCAAAGUCAAACUUAUUGCAGAUUUGUCUUAUCAAGACAGGAGAAACUAUACCAAUGAUAUCUACCUUGGAGUUACGGCCAUUAAGAAAUGAUUCUUAUAUGACACAACUCGGUCCCUUGAACCUAAUAUACCGGCGGACCUAUACAAGCGAUUCUUUUGGAUUAAUACGGUAUCCUAAUGACGUCUUUGAUCGCAAAUGGGAUCGAUUUAACUGGGUUGAAACAAAUGUAAACACCACUCUCAAUGUGACGUCAUCUAAUCCUUUUGCAGUGCCAGAUGCUGUAAGUAGAUCGGGUAUUUCUCCCAGAAAUGCCAGCAACCCAUUGUACUUUUACUUGUAUCCUGAUGCCGAUAGUGACAAGGUUAAUGUGUACUUUCAUUUCGCCGAGAUCCAAACCCUAAAAGCAAAUGAUACUAGGGAAUUCGACAUCUUAUUGGAUGAAAAUAUUAUUCAGAAAGCUUAUAGUCCUAAGGUGUUACAAUCGGAAACAGUAUACAACAUAUCACCACAAAAAUGCAAAUUUGGCUCUUGCGACUUGGACCUCGUAAGAACUGAAAGAUCAACUCUUCCACCAUUUAUUAAUGCUAUUGAGGGAUUCAGUGUUUUAGAAUUUCUAUAUGCUGAAACAAAUCCAAACGAUGUUGCUGCUAUGAAGAAUAUCCAAGAAACUUAUGGAUUAAACAUAAUAAGUUGGCAAGGAGAUCCAUGUGUCCCUGAACUCUUAAAAUGGGAAGAUAUAAAGUGCAGCUACACAAAUAAGUCUACUCCUCCAAGAAUUAUUUCCUUAGAUUUAUCGUCACGCGGAUUAAAAGGGGUCAUUACGCCUGCCUUCCAAAAUUUGACCGAGCUUCGAAAAUUGGAUUUAUCAAAUAACAGUUUUACUGGAGGGGUGCCUGAAUUUCUAGCUAGCAUGAAGUCAUUAUCUAUCAUAAAUUUAAACUGGAACAAUCUUACGGGUCCUCUUCCUAAAGCCUUUAAUGAUAGAGAAAAGAAUGGGCUAAAGCUAACGAUACAAGGAAACCCAAAGUUUUGUGUUGAUGCGUCAUGCAAAAAUAACAAUCAAAAGUACGUUUUAGCAGUUGUUGCAUCAGCAGCUUCUGUGCUCAUCAUUGUAGUUGUGCUGAUUCUCCUUUUUGUUUUCAAAAAGAGAAGGCCAAGGCAAGUUGAUUCUUUACCUACAGUUCAACACGAUCGCGAGUUACCAAGUAGACCGUCCAUAUUUACGCAGACAAAAAGGUUCACUUAUUCUGAGGUGGUAGCAUUGACAGAUAAUUUUGAAAGAGUUCUUGGAGAAGGAGGGUUCGGGGUAGUGUAUCACGGUUCUUUGAAUGGUACGCAACCAAUAGCUGUUAAACUACUCUCUCAAUCUUCAGUACAAGGCUAUAAAGAAUUCAAAGCAGAGGUUGAACUUCUUUUGAGAGUUCACCACGUCAAUUUAGUUAGCUUGGUUGGAUAUUGUGACGAAGAUAGCCACUUGGCCCUCCUUUAUGAGUAUGCACCCAACGGAGACUUAAAACAGCAUCUAUCAGGAGAACGUGGUGGCUCUCCGUUGAAGUGGUCAAGUAGGCUAAAAAUUGUCGUGGAAACAGCACAAGGACUAGAGUAUUUGCAUACCGGGUGCCAGCCUCCAAUGGUACAUCGCGAUGUCAAAACAACAAAUAUACUUUUGGACGAGCACUUCCAGGCGAAACUCGCAGAUUUUGGCCUCUCAAGAUCUUUUCCGAUUGGAGGUGAAACUCAUGUGUCAACAGUUGUUGCUGGUACCCCUGGAUAUCUUGAUCCUGAAUAUUAUCAAACAAAUAGAUUGAAUGAGAAGAGUGAUGUAUAUAGCUUUGGUAUUGUGUUAUUGGAGAUCAUCACUAGUCGACCUGUGAUUCAGCAAACUCGAGAAAGGACACACAUAGCAGCAUGGGUUGGAUACAUGCUUACUAAGGGAGAUAUUGAAAGCAUUGUGGAUCCAAGACUCAAUAGAGAUUAUGAGCCAACUUCUGUCUGGAAGGCUCUUGAGAUAGCUAUGUCGUGUGUGAAUCCUUCUUCAGAGAAAAGGCCAACCAUGUCUCAAGUUACUAAUGAACUAAAACAAUGUUUAACAUUAGACAACUCAAGGCGAGGAGGGAGACAAGACAUGGGUUCAAGAAGUUCCGUUGAAGUGAGCACAAGCUUUACAACUGAAGUUACCCCUAGUGCGCGAUAAAUUAUCCAAAAUAUCCUAUGAUCACUAAGUUUUUUCAAAUUCCCCUGACUUAUACGUGAAGAUUA